GACUACGAAGUACGAGUAACGAGUUACGACGGACGACGACGACGACUGCGACGCGCGCGCCGAGGAACGUACAUAGCGGACAGUUGGACAGGCUGCGUGCGCCGUACAAAAGAUGGCUGUGCUGUAAACAAAAAAUAAAUAAAUAAAUGUCACGCCCCUUUUAGAGAAUAAUAAUAAAAAAAAAAAAGAAAAGAAAGAAGGAAAAAACCAAAACACCUUUUUUUCCGUCUUCGCUAAUCGGUGCACAUUACGGUCGGGGUGUGUUUCGCGUAUUUUUUCCGCGAUAUUGUCGUUACCCGUGAUUAUUGUCGUCACCUCCGCGGUCCAAGUCGACGCCGUCGUCAAGCCGAACGCCGUCGCCGCCGCCGCCGACCGGUGUUGCACCGCACGGGACCAGUGACCACCGACCACAACGCUGCACAAGAGCGCCUUUUGUUUUGCUGUGCUGUUGACUGACCAAACGACGACGACAACAACACCGAACGCCGAUUAAAAUUAAAUAAUGACUGAAUACAAACUGGUCGUCGUCGGUGCUGGUGGCGUCGGUAAAAGUGCCUUAACAAUACAGUUAAUACAGAACCAUUUUGUGGACGAGUAUGAUCCAACGAUUGAGGAUUCUUAUCGUAAACAAGUAGUAAUUGAUGGAGAAACGUGUCUACUCGAUAUUCUAGACACGGCGGGUCAAGAAGAAUAUAGUGCUAUGCGUGAUCAAUAUAUGAGAACCGGUGAAGGUUUUCUUCUUGUAUUUGCUAUUAAUAAUACCAAAUCAUUUGAAGAUAUCAGUAAUUACAGGGAACAGAUAAAACGAGUAAAAGAUGCAGAGGAUGUCCCAAUGGUUUUGGUAGGCAAUAAGUGUGAUUUACAAAGUAGAGCGAUAGAUGUUAAAGCAGCGUCAGAUUUAGCUAAACAAUAUGGUGUACCAUUUAUUGAAACAUCUGCUAAAACGAGACAAGGAGUUGAUGAAGCAUUUUACACUUUGGUCAGAGAAAUUAGGAAAGAUAAAGAACAAAGGUUGCGAGAAAAACGUAAAGCAAAACCAAGAAGGAAACGCAAGCACUGUUACCUCUUUUGAAUAUAAGUGAAACAAAUGGAAUUUUUUUAUUUAAAUUAAAAAAAAAAGGACCUAACAAGAGUGUCCUCGUCAUAUUUUAAUUAAUGUAAACACACUUUAGGCUCAGGGAAGUGUGUUUUCAUCAUUUAUAAUAUUGUUCAGUUAAAAGCAUGUAUUGAAUAUAUUUAUUUGAAUGAUAAACAAAAAACAAAUAACUUUUGGAAUCCCGAUCAAUAGAAAUUUAUGUUCAAAGAAAGAACAUUAUACAAAGGACCCCUUUAACAAGUUGACAUCUUGUUUUGAGAUCCGAUUUUAAUAUUGCUAUUUUUAUCGUCUUAUUAUUAAUAAAAAUUUAAAAAAUAUAUAUUUAUAGUGUUAUUCGAUUAUCUAAAAUAUUUUCCUGCCCCAUUUAUUUUUCUCAAAAUCGUGCUUCCAGUAUUCAUAGGAGCUAUUGAUUUGUGCAUAGGCUUUACUACAAUUUUUUUUUUUUUUUUUGUCAAUAGGUACAUGAUUUUAUUGUUUAACAUCAAUAAACAAUACUAUUGAUCAUAUCUUUUGAACAGUUAACUGGUUUAACUACUUUAUUUUCUUUUUUAUUUUACUUAAAUCAUAGUAUAAAAGCAACGAAAUGCAAUACUUUAAUUAUUUCUAGUUAAAAUGUACAACUUUAUUUUAAAUUAAAAAUACGUUUGGUCAAUAUAAAACUAUGUUAUAAUUCCUGUUCAAAUUACUUUUUUUCUUAUUUUAUUAGAUUUCUAUUUCCACUCUGCCUUGUGAUCAGAAGUAGCAUAUGUAUAUUUUAUUGAUAAUUGUUUUAUGUAUUUAUGUAUAUAAUAUAUAUAUAUAUAUAU